AUGAGCACUAAAUACCCAUCGUCGUCCGGGUCAGGACACAAGAGCCACGACUCGGAAUACGCGGAAGAGAUUAAGAACCCAGGACUCGAUGUUUUGUCACUUUCGCGUGCGGUCCGAGCAAGAAAAGCUGAGUACACACGCCGGCGAUCUAUCCGAGUCAAGGUUGGCACGUGGAAUGUAGCCGGCAUCUCCGGUACCGAGAAAGACAUUGGGAAGUGGUUUGUUAAAGGAGAUGGGGUCUGCCCGAAGUUCUCUGGGACAAACUACGCACGAGAGCCAGAAUUCCAAUCGUACAGCAAGCAUGACCAGCAGAAAUCGGACGGCGACAAAAAAGGAACGUUUAACUACAGCCCUGAAGAGAUAGACCUCUACGUCUUGGGUUUGCAAGAAGUGGUCGAUAUAUCUUCCCCAACGGAAGCCCUCCGGCCAUAUGUCGAUCUGGCACCAUCCAAGCGGUGGAAGGAAGCAGUCGAGAAGGCACUACCGGAAGGAUAUCAGCUAGUCUCUGAAGUUCAGCUGGUCGGUUUGUUGCUUCUGAUAUAUGCGUCGCCCGCCAUUGGAGAGAGUAUUUCUUAUAUCAGUAGUACCUCUGUCGGCACGGGGCUGAUGGGAUACAUGGGAAACAAGGGCGCCGUGGCAACGCGCCUUGUCUUGGGCGAAACGACCCGUUUGGUCUUUAUCAACUGUCAUCUCGCAGCAGGGUCCGACAAAGGCAGCUUGGAGCGGCGCAACUGGGACUCUUCUCAGAUUGUCCAGCGUGCUAGAUUUGACGCGGUUUGGUCCGAGGACGGAUCAUCGGGUGAUUCGGGCGAAGCAAUCGGAGAUGAAGAUUUCACUUUUUGGUUUGGUGACCUCAACUACCGCCUCGACGAUAUCCCUGGUGACGACGUGCGCCAGGUCCUCUCUCGGCAUACUGCCAAUGAGUACGACAAAGAGCGCCAAGAAAAGCAAUCAUCAAGCCAUGCUGGGAACCAUAAGGCCGAUUCUGGCGAUGAGUCGUCUUCUUCUUCUUCUCCCCCCGAAGAAGAGGAGACGGAGCCAGUCACCGAACCUGUCACUGACGAAGAGAUUGAUCCUCAUAAUGACCCUGCGUCUCUUCAAACAACAAUUUCCUCACUCCUCCCGCAUGAUCAACUCGGACUCCAGCAGAGAAAAGGAGCAGCUUUCCACAAGGGUUGGCGGGAAGGUCACAUCACUUUCUUGCCGACAUACAAAUAUGAUGUCGGGAGUGUGGCCAUGUUUGAUUCGAGCGAGAAGCAACGGGGUCCUAGCUGGUGUGAUCGGAUUCUGUUUCGCAGUCACCGGGACAAGCUGAGACAUGACAAGCUUGACCAGGAAGCAGAAGAGGCCCGAAAGAGGGAUGAGGAGAUGAAGGCAAGCGGGCUGGACAAAGCUGUUGCCGAUGAUAACGUCUUGUUUGAAUAUGAUCCUGACGCAGACGGGGUAGCCAGUGAGGAGUACAUAUCAGGCGAGGAUCAAGCCGCUGAUGAUGAUGAUGAUGCGGUCACAGUUGCAUCGCUCGACUCUUCCCAUGAUCCAAUUUGCUUGGACCAUUAUGUAUCACACCAAGGCAUUCUUUCGUCGGACCACAAGCCUCUGGAUGCUGUCUUUACGUUGAGCUUUGAUGCGGUCAAUCGCGAACUCAAAACAAAGAUCCAUCAAGAAGUGGCCCGUGAAUUGGACAAGGCUGAGAACGAAGCUCGGCCGGAUCUCACUAUUGUGGUGGAUAAACAUGGUGACCAAAAGCACACAGACAAAGAUCCCGACACCGUCGAUUUCGGCGAUAUUGCCUUCGAUGUCCCAGCUCAUCGGUCCCUAACCAUUGCCAACACCAGUGGCACCGCAGCCACUUUUUCAUUUGCGGAGCGACCUACCGUUGAUGAGAAGACCAUUGCACAACCACCCUCAUGGCUCGUUAUGCACGUCUGCAAGUCUGCGGACACUGCCCAUGACACUGGCCAAGCGAUGACUACUUCGUCUGAGACCCACACUCUGCUCCCUGGUGAAGUAGCGAAUGUUGAUGUCACAGCUUACGUUCGCAGCAUCGAACAUGUCCGAUUGCUUAAUAUUGGAAAGGUCAAACUCGAAGACAUCAUGGUCCUUCAUGUCGAUGGGGGUCGCGACCACUUUAUCUCUGUUCAUGGCCGUUGGCUACCCACCUGCUUCGGUUGCAGUAUCGACGAGUUGACUCGGAUGCCAGAAGCGGGUGCUCGAAGUUUGGCCGAAUCCGACACCCCUCACCCAUCCAGCACAGAUAGUUCCACGGGAAUCCGCCUGUCGGCACCCCGCGAGCUUUUCCGACUGACUGAGGCGGUUUCCGAGCUGACAGAGCGCGCGGUCGCAGAAUGGAGCAUGACAAAUGGUGAAUCUGAGGAGCAUAAAGCCCCAUGGACAAUGGAUCUCUCCGGGGGAGCAUGGCCCUUUCAGCCUGAUACAUGGACUCUAAAGGACCGGCAGGAGCGUGCUGCGCUGCAAAUUUCCGUGCGUGAAGCCCUCGACACCAACAAGUCCCUCACCUCAAUAUUUGCUCCUGAGUUAUCCUCUCUUCAUCGAUUGGAGGUCCUAUCUGAAACCCUCCUCACUUUCCUCAACGCGCUCCAAGAUGGCAUCGUCACUGCAAAAGUAUGGCAAGACAUGGAGGAGCAGAUAAUCGUACGUGAGAAAAGCAAAUCCCCUCCUCGAAACUGGGAAGAAACCCAGGCCUGGGUGCUUGAGCAUCUAGCCUACUCACCAGCGCACAGCGUAUCAUUUACGUUUGUCACUUUUAUGCUCUCCCGCAUCGCCAAUGAAGUGGCUCCAGUAUCGUCCGGUACACCUUUGCUCCCAUUAUCCAAGCAAGGAAAGCACAUUGUUGCCAAAGAGCCGGCAGAUAAGCAGGCUGGAACUGCAAGCCAGGAUCAAGCUCAAUCUCCUACUCCAGCUUCCGCUACUGCCUUCAUAACCAGCGGCAGUUUCCGCCGCAAGAACCGCUCCACGAGCACAUCCGCUGGCACCAACCCUGAACCCACCAGCCAGAACGAUUCUAUAGCACGCCGACAAGCAGUUGAGACUGCUCUAGCAUCUAUCUUUUCACUCGUGCUUAUUUCUGCCUCGGCUCCGCUACCUCCUAAGGAGAAAGAGCGUCGUAUAUCUGAAGAGCGGAGGCGAUCAAUCAUUGAGCCAUUCUUAAAAAUGGUUGCAGUGGAUGAUCGAGGUCCAUCUGGGGGUCGGCCUUGA